GCAUGGCUGAAACAAUUAUUUCUGUAUUACUUAAAGGCUAUUUCACAAGUUUAUUUUAGUGAGUAAAAUCCUAAAAAAUGUACAUUUUUGUUCAUAUGAUUGGACAUUUUAUAAGAGAGAAGUAAACAUUCCUAAUGAUUCUAUUGAUUUACUUGUGCUUGUUUACUCAAGUUGUAACAGUAUUGACAGCAGUAUGUGGUGAUUCUACAAUUGGAAUGGCUGAUCCUCCGUCAACGUAUAGUGGAAAUAUAGAUUCCAAUUCAAACACUGCCUACGUCAUGACUGACGCUGCUGUUGAAUUCAGUUGCUGUGGUAUGAUCAAAACGUGGAAGUUUUAUGCUUCAAGAUCUGGAACAAUCAAACUCCAAGUUUGGAGAACUUGGUUUAAUACAAACUUUACACUAGUUGGCGAAAACACUUUUGUAGUCCCAGUUGAAGCCGUAAACCAAGAAAUCCACUAUGAAGUCGCUGAAGAGCAUCGAAUCCAAAUAAAUAAUAAUGAUUACAUUGGAUGGUAUACAACGGGAACUGAUAUAAUACCAUAUAGUGGAGGAGCGAGACCAGAUAAUACAUACUAUAUAAGUACAAGCGUGUCGGUUGAUAGUACAUAUCCAUUUACGUCUAACUAUGACAACCGUGUUUAUGCCAUUGUUGCCGUAGUUACUGCAAACAAGAAACCUUACUUCGAUAAUAUUCCCUCUCAGAUCCACGUGUUUGACCAUUUGGCAAUCAACGAUGUUGUGUGGACACUUGAUCCUAAAGAUACUGAAAAUGAUGACAUCACAGUGUCGUUAUCACAGACUAAUACUUACUUCAAACUAAGUACAAACGCCAUAAAAGUAAAGUCCAGUUUGAGUACCACCAAUUCCUUUGCAGUAGCCUUGGAUCCACAGAUCACAGACUCUUGUGGUGUUUCGGAAUCAAUUACAUUAAGGAUCAUCGUAGAAAACGAGAAACCAAUCAUCACCUCGUUGCCAACGUCUGUUGAAAUCAGUGAGAACAAUGAAGUUGAAACGCUCCUACAUACAAUAACCGCUGUAGAUGGAGAGACUUUGACAUGCGAACUUCAUAGUGUUCUCCCAUUUAGUAACGAUACAGUAUUUGAGGUUAAACAAACAUCAACUCCCGGAGAAUAUGGCAUAUACUAUGUAUAUAUACCAAGAAACAGAAGCCUUGAUUAUGACAGUGUAGUAAGAUAUGACGUCAGUGUCACGUGUACAGAUGGAAGACAACCAUCAGAUGAAGGACACUUAAUGGUUUAUGUAAUAAAAAACAUACCACCCGAAUUUACAGAUCUUCCACGUGAGGAGAUCCUGCCUCAACAGUCAACAAGUUCUGGUUUUAUCGUUCCUAUUGUUGUGACUGACGCCGAUACUGCUACGACGUCACUGUCAUAUGCAAUCACGUGUGAGCCUUCUGCGUCAUGUCCUUUCUCUCGGACAACAACAUCAACAGGAGCAGAUAUAAAAACCACUGUUGAUUUUUCCACUAUACAAGUACCUGCUUUUGAUAUCCAUGUUACAGUGAAUGAUGGAGAUACUACAGUGGGACCAAAGGUCCUAAGCAUUUAUGUAGAAAACAUUAACGAUAUUCCGGUAUUCGCCAAUGCUGAAUCAGACUUGAAAAUCGGGGUAGAAGAAAAUACCGCCAUAGAUACACUUUUAUAUACAUAUUUUACAACAGAUCUUGAUUCUGUGGACGUCGUUACAUAUUCCUGGACACCGACUACGAACACUUACUUUGAUAUAGAUUCAGCAAGUGGACAGAUUUCAACAAUCGCGAUAUUUGACUACGACAAUCUCUUCUAUGUAGGGUCUGAUACUGAAUUUAAGUUCGUUGUUAAAGCCACGGAUACUAAAGACACUGCAACAACAACUGUCACUAUCUCUAUUGUAAAUGUGAACGAUGUUCCAACACUCAGUAAUACACAUUACGUUAUAAAUGAUACUGAGAACUUGGGAGAAACACUUCUUUCAUCACCUAAUAUUGAUGCAUCAGAUCCAGAAAAUGAAACUUUAAGAUACACGUUGGACUGUAAUGGAUAUAAUACAACAUAUUUUGAAAUGGAUGAAAGUACAGGCGAUGUUUAUUUUGGAAGAGAUUUUGAUUCGGAUAUUGGUCACCCACCGGUCACUGAAUGCAAUGUUACCGUAACGGAUCCAGGAGGUUUGACAGACACAGCAUUUUUAACCAUAAACAUAGCAGACACUAAUGACUUUACACCAGAAUUUGAGCGAGAUUUCUACAAUGUAUUCUUAUUUCCAACUGAGGAUAUUGGAACGAUACUAAUAAAUGUCUCGGCAUCAGAUGGGGACAUUACAGAAACUUGGAAUAUAAUAUCCUACGGCAUGGAUCAAUCAGGUUUAGGGAAUAGCUAUUUCAAUAUCGAUGAAAAUGGAACAAUAUCUGUAGCAAUGGAUAUUUCUGCAGCCUUUGAUUAUGGCCAGACAGUGAUCUUGACUUUGAGUGCAACUGAUGGUGGAGGACUGCAGGGAUUUGCUACCUUGUCAUUGAUCUUCCCAGAGACAACUACAACAUCUACGACUACUACCGAGCGUCCGUUCAAGACUGAAACGUACCCCGACAAUGGGUACUGGUAUCUUUUUGCAGGGAUAGUUCUGAUGAUGAAUACAGUCUUGAUUAUUAACCUGUGCAUGAAAUAUUGCAGACCUUGUACAGACAUUGACAAAAGAACAGAAUCGCAGAAGAGAGAUGAUAGAAUAAAAGCUGCACAAGAAAGAAAAACUAAAGUCAGAUCUGACUUUUUUUCAACGGACGAUCCUUGGAGUGUGAAUAGGUAUCAAAGUAGAAAGGUGCCAGAGAAGCAGGACCCUGCUCCUGCAAUAAACAGAAAAACUAAACGUAGUGACGAGAAAUCAGUUAAUAGUUUAGACCAAGCAAGCCAAGGAACUACAAAUGCAAACAGAUCGUCAAUGGAAUCAUUUGACAGUUCAAGUACUUCUAAAAAUCUUUUUCCGUACAAUCAACAAUCACAUCAUAUAUUUAAUCCUAAAACUGGUAGGACAGGUAAAAGGCAUGUGGACCAAAAGUCUUUGUGGUGAAAUAUCAUGUUGGCAACAGCAGUAGCAAAAUACAUUUUACUUCGCCGACUACGUUAUUAAUAUCAUUUUAAU